CGGUAGCCUAUCGCGUAUCUGCCGCUUUAGUUCUCUCUUCUUGAUAUACCUCGUUAAGGCAAUACCCCAAGCCGGGGACGGGACUAAGAUACGUCUAACGGCAAGGGUAGUUAAGCAGAUUAUGAUGCGGCCUAUAUACACGCAUAACCUCGCUACGAGGAGUCUAAUGCGUAACUGGAAAAUAAGGGGGAAUAGCUUCAAAUGGGUUGAUAGCGGCUGUAGACGAUAUACUACAUCUAAGCUGCCGUCUUCAUCGCCCUCGCCGCCGCCGCCAAAACAGCAACGAGCAGCUCCAAAGCCGCUCCCCUUUCAACCAACCAAACCGAAGCCAAAACCAGCGCCAGAAUCCACACCUCAACCUACGCCUUUCCCCUCUUCAUCAUCUUCAUCAUCUUCAUCGUCUAAGGGGUCUCAAGACAAGAAGAGGCCAGUCUCAGAGCUACUGCGUGACUACUGGUUCCCUCUCUUCGGUGCCGGCGCCGGGGUGGUGUGCGUGAGUUUCUUCGCGUCGUCGCUAGUGUACUACUGGUGGACACAGCCGGCCGAACACUGGACACCCGGGCAAGAGCCCGAGACCCCUACAGGCCGGCCAACCAUCCAAUCGCCUCGGGAGUUCGACCAGCAUCUCGACAAGUCCGAGUGGCGCUUCGGUAUCACCAAGCUACGGCGGCAGAUCGGCUCCGAGUUAGCCCACGGACACGUGCUCGAGGUCGCCGUUGGUGCCGGUCGCAACUUCGACUACUAUGAUUGGAGCGUAAUAACCGCCGGUCUAGAACCCGCCGAGGAGAAGGAAAAUUCAAGCUGGUUUGGCUGGUCCGGAAAGGGGGAGGGGAAGGAGAAGGAGAAGCCUAAGGCUGUAAAGCAGAAAGGAGUUCGACCCCAAAAUACAAAUGCCCUACUCAGCUUUACCGGCCUAGAUAUCUCCCCGCCCAUGCUAGACCUCGCACUGACGCGGAUCCGGCAAGUCGUACCGUUCAUGGCGGACCAAAUCCCCAAGAACCCGGUAUUCUCCAAACUCGCCUCCAAAACCGCAGAUAAUAGCGAAGAAGGCAUCUCGCUAGCCAACAACCAUCUCCGGCUCCUCAAAGCCGACGCCCAGGCAUCCCUCCCCCCUCCCCCAUCAUCAUCAUCAUCAUCAUCAUCAUCAUCUUCCUCUCCCGAAAAAUACGACACCAUAAUCCAGACCUUCGGACUCUGCAGCGUGCGAGAUCCCGUGCUCCUCCUCUCCAACAUGGCCGCCGCCGUCAAGCCCGAGACCGGACGUAUCAUCCUCCUAGAGCACGGACGAAGCUGGUACGAGCUCGUAAACGGGCUUUUAGACCGUAGCGCGCGCAAGCACUUCGAGCGGUUCGGAUGCUGGUGGAACCGGGACGUGGAGCUCGUUGUGCGUGCCGCUGAGCGCGCCGUGCCGGGUCUCGAGGUCGUGCGGUUCGAGCGUCCCGGCUGGACUACACUUGGCACGCACGUCCUCGUUGAGAUGCGCGUGCGUGCGACCCCUGCGCCGGCUCCCGCUACUGCUGCUGCUACCCUUAGCAGCGACGAGGAGGCGCAGGACUCGACGACGACGGGCACGAGUUGGUGGUCGUCGCUACUAUCUGUCAAUAGCAAGCCUAAGAAGGAUGAAUAAAGUCAUCCUAGAGCAGAAGGCUUCUACUUCGUAAAACUCUUUGGAUACUCUACUACAUCACCUAUAAUGCAACAUUGCAAGUGCUCAUGUGUAUAAACUCUGUAUCUUUAAUCGAGUCAUCGCCUCACUAUUAUUUGUACGAUACCUGCAAGCGAUAUACCCCUCCAACAAACCGCAACUUGAAAAUCCCGCACUUAAAUAUUGUCGAAUAUCACACGUCGCAUCAAUAUUGAUAAAAGUAAACUUUUGAACGGGGAUUUCAUUUAAAUUUUGGGCGGCUUUUUCCUUUGUUCCAACGCGCCCUGACUUUAAUCCGUCUAACUGGGAUUUCUAAGCGCAUCUAACCAGCCAGCCUUUUAAUCUUCGCGGCUCUUUUCCGGUCUUCUAAUUGUACAUAUCGAUACCCUUUUUCAGGAUAUCGAG